AUGACGCUUGUGACUAAAUUUCGAACCCAGUUUACAUUAUUGGACAUUAAACCACCAACACGCAGACGUAGAGUGAGGACUGAAGAAAAUAUUGCGGCUGUAUCCGCCAGUGUUAGUGAUGACCGUGAAAUGUCGAUUCGCCGCCGUUCGCAGCAAUUGGGCUUCUGUUACUCCACUAUGUGGAAAAUUUUGCGACAGGAUUUGGGUGUCAAACCUUAUAAGAUACAGCUGGUGCAAGAAUUGAAGCUUCACGACCUCCCACAACGUUUCCAAUUUGGUGAAUGGGCGCUGGCAAAGUUGGAGGAAGAUCCACAUUUUUAUCGAAAAAUUGUGUUCAGCGACGAAGCUCAUUUCUGGUUGAAUGGGUACGUUAACAAGCAAAAUUGCCGCAUAUGGAGGGAAGACGAGCCAGAAGCAUUGCAAGAGCUACCAAUGCAUCCCGAAAGAAUCACUGUUUGGUGUGGAUUAUGGGCCGGUAGCAUCAUCGGGCCGUACUUCUUCAAAGACGACAAUGGCCGGAACGUAACUGUGAAUGGCGAGCGCUACCGUGCGAUGAUAACAAACUUUUUUUUGCCCAAAAUGGAAGAGCUGGACUUGGUUGACAUGUGGUUUCAACAAGACGGUGCCACAUGCCACACCGCACACGAAACAAUGGCCCUAUUGAGAGGCGAGUUCGGUGAACAGUUUAUCUCACGUUUGGGACCCGUCAAUUGGCCGCCUAGAUCGUGUGAUUUAACGCCGUUGGACUAUUUCUUGUGGGGCCAUGUUAAGGCUAAUGUCUACAGGAAUAAACCAGCAACGAUUGACGCACUGGAAGCCAAUAUUGAAGCAUUUAUUCGUGAGAUACUGGCCGAUAUGUUGGAGAGAGUGUGCCAAAAUUGGACCUUGCGCAUGGGCCACCUAAAGCGGAGCCGCGACCAACAUUUACAUGAAAUAAUCUUUAAACAUUAA